CUAUAAAAGUGUGGUUUGGACGACCGAGGAGCCACACUUCUUCCUUUCUUCAAUCCGUUCGCAUCGAUUCUCUCCGAAAACGAAUAGAAAAUGAAGCUCGCUUUGUUGUUCGUGUGCUGUGUUGGGUGUGUGUUGGCCCGUCCCGAAAAACCUGCCGCUUUCGGCAACGCCGUCGUGGCACCGACUCCUGUUCCGAUUCUGGUCGACGAGAGGGAACCCAUUGAUUCCUUCGGAGGAUACGGCUUCAAGAUUGUCACGGGAGACGGUCAGAGCAAGUCUGAAUCUUCUUCCCGCGCUGGUCUUGGCAAGAUGGUCACCAAAGGACAGUACUCGUUCACCCAUCCCGACGGCCAGGUCCACGUUUUGUCCUACACUGCUGGUGUGAAUGGCUUUGAACCAAUCUCCGAUUUCCUUCCAACACCACAUCCUCUGGAACCAUGGCACCUGGAACAGAUCCGCUUCGCCGAAAGACAACGCCGCUUGCAAGAACUCGCCGAAGCCCGUGCUGCCCUGGAGGCAAAACACAAGAAACAGUAAAAAACUUAACCAAAACAAAACACAGCAAAAACUGUAAAAAAAAAAAAAAAAAUCAAAUAAUCUUUUUCAUCCAACUUCCACUCUAGCUCCUGUCAUUCUGUCUACAUUGUUGCAUAAUAUUAACUUAUAUUUGUUAUUACCUUAUUGAGUAAUGAUGAUGAUAUCGAGUCUGAACGGCUUAAUAAAACACACCCAAUAAUUA